CCUGACUCACCAUACACUAUCUCCUAGGGGUGGCAAAACGGGCUCGGCCCGCGGGGCGCCCGUUUUGCCCGCACUUUUGUGCGGGGCAGACCAAGGAUUUAGGCCCUCACCCUCAAAUGUGUCCGCCCCGCCCCGCCCCGUUUUUUCGCAGGCUUUUGCGGGCACGUGUAUUUACAUAAAUUUUUGCAUUUUUAGACUUAAAGAGUGCAGUGCCCGCGGGCUUUCCCCGCCCCGCCCUCACUUUUUUGCGGGACGGGUCUAAGUUUUAAGCCCGCAUCCUCAACUAUGACCGUCCCGCCCCGCCCCGUUUCUUUGUGGGCUUUUGCGGGGCGGGCCUAAACGGGUCAGGCUUGCCCGUUUGCCACCCGUACUAUCUCCCUCUUCUAAAGCCCUCUCGCCGGAAUACCUCCGCCACUGGAGCGACAGAGGUCCGAAAGUUACGCGACCUACAUCAAAGGAGACGCCUCACUCUCCUCUACCGGAUUCCACCAAUCCCUUACUCCAAUUCCCCUUUGUUAACCAAACCUAAAAAAAUCUAAGAACCCUAGGUGAGAUCUUUCCCAAUUCAAACCUCGUAUGGAGGUAAUGGAGUCUACAAGCUUGGUAUCACCGCUCACCUAACCAAGUCCUAUUCAAUGGUAACAAACGCGAGCCAAGAUGAAAGAAUUCAUGCUUACCUUCGACGUCGACAAUGAAGCACGAAGAUGGCGAUGCUUGAAUAUUGUUCAGGUGCGACGGUACUGGUAGAUUACAAAAAGGUUAAUGAAGCGAAGCGUACCACGGACCCAGGACUGCAUCAAGGUCGAGAAUUCCGUUGUUGCGCGAAGCUGAACUUGGUUAGGAAAAAUCAGUUGGAGCUUUCGAAGGGUGUUGGAUUCGUCUCAAUUCCUUGCCUAAUUCCUAAUUCUGUUAUGGAUUUAUAUGCAGGUUUUGUGUUGAAUUACAUUGACUGAAAGGGUGGAUUAGAAUGGAGUCAGUUGUAGGUGAACAAAGUUAGUUAACAGUUAUCGAAAUUCGAUUAAGAGUCGUAAUGGUGUUAAACCUUCUGUUAAGCGCUAGCUUGCUAUAUGAUGUUAGCUUUUAUUACGUGAUGUUAGAUAGUUAUACAAGGAAUUAGUUAGAAUUCGGUUAACAAUUCUGCUGGUAAGAAGUUUAUGAUUGUUAGGGGUGAGUCAGUUUAUGAUUUUUUUCCCUUCCGUUUUGUUAAUUGGUCGACCUUUAAUGAAUGUAUCCAACUGAAAUUAUGUUAAGUGAAAAAUGAAUUCGGUUUUAAUGGUA